GAAAGAAAGCGAAGUAGAGUAAUUAGAACGGACGGGAAGCGGCGGUGGCCAAAAGGACGAUCUGAAGAACAAUCGACGUGAGUCAGGGCGAAUGGGUUUUACUAGGGCUUUGUAAAUUCCCCCUUUCUUGUUCCUCAAGCAGCCAUCAUCCAUUCAUUCAUUCUUCAAUCACAUCCUUUCACGAUGAACGCCGCCAAAUCCAGCUCCUUCUACGCCCUCAGAUCCCUCAACCGCAUCCGCCAAGCCGCCAUUGCUUCCAGAGACCUUUCCUCAGCUUCGUCUCCCUCCGCCUUCAUCCUCAAGCAGUCUUCUCUCCUCUCCAAUCACCUCUCCCCGACCCUCCCUCCUCUCCCCGCCUCCCUCCGCCAUUUCCGCAACUCUCGCGAUCCCCUAGCCAGAUAUGAAAAUCCACCGCCAAUUAACUGGGGCAUUCGGAUUGUACCUGAGAAGAAGGCUUAUGUGGUGGAAAGAUUUGGGAAGUAUGUGAAGACUUUAACGCCUGGAAUUCAUGUGCUUAUUCCAUUUGUUGAUCGAAUAGCUUAUGCGCAUUCCCUCAAGGAAGAGGCCAUUCCGAUCCCAGAUCAGUCUGCCAUCACAAAGGACAAUGUUAGCAUAUUAAUUGAUGGUGUUCUUUAUGUUAAGAUUGUGGACCCCCGGCUGGCAUCAUAUGGUGUUGAGAAUCCUUUGUAUGCAGUUAUUCAGCUUGCACAGACGACAAUGCGUAGUGAGCUUGGGAAAAUCACCCUUGACAAGACAUUUGAGGAAAGAGAUACCUUAAAUGAGAAGAUAGUGAUGGCAAUCAAUGAGGCUGCAAAAGAUUGGGGCUUGAAAUGCCUUCGUUAUGAAAUAAGGGACAUAUCUCCACCUCGUGGAGUGAGGGCAGCUAUGGAAAUGCAGGCAGAAGCGGAGCGCAAAAGGCGAGCUCAAGUUCUUGAGUCAGAAGGAGAAAGGCAGGCAAACAUUAAUAUAGCUGAUGGAAAGAAAAGUUCAGUAAUCCUUGAGUCAGAAGCUGCAAAGAUGGACCAGGUUAAUAGAGCACAAGGAGAGGCAGAAGCAAUUCUUGCUAAAGCACAAGCAACAGCUAAAGGAAUUGCCAUGGUGUCACAGGCCCUUAAGGAGCAUGGGGGUGUGGAGGCAGCAAGUUUAAGAAUUGCCGAGCAAUAUGUUCAAGCCUUCAGCAUGAUUGCGAAAAAGGGUAACACAUUACUGCUUCCGACAUCGGCUUCCAACCCCGCUAGCAUGGUGGCUCAAGCUCUAGGCAUCUACAAGAGCUUGAUUGGCAACAAUUCCAGCAAUGUGGUUCAAGAUCUUUCUCCUGCCAAGGCCGAACCUUCCUCUGAUGAGACUGAAAGUGAUGAUAGCCACAAGCCUGCCAAAUCAAAUGAAGGAGAAAAUCAAGAGAAGCCAGUAUUUUCCCUGCAGAGCCCCCCAAAGAAGCAUUAGAUUUUGUGGCAGAGGCCAUGACAUAUUAUGUUCAUUCAGGCAGGUAGGCAGGCAGGCAAACGUCAGUCUAGACACUUGCUUGGUGCUAGUCUUGUGGAUCGAUUAUCUUCUGUGUUUUUGUCCAUUUCUACUAGCUUCGGGACAGACGGGAAAAAGCAAAGAUUCUAUUGAUGAGUGCACUACGAAAAGACUCUGAAGAGGAUGAUGGAUAAUCUUUUUCACCAUACACAUUGGAGUUCUGACCUCAAUAGGCCCAAGUUGAAUUUGUCUCUUGAAUUUAAACAGAGAGAAGAAAUUGAAAGGCAUGUUUUAGGAUCACCGUGAUUUUGGUACCUCUUAAAAAAAAAAAAAAAAAAAAAAAAAACACCUUUUAUGUAUGCUAUGUGGUAUGAAAGAACCCUUGUAAUAAUGUUCAAUAUAUAAUAUUAGUUGGGGUUAAUCAUGAGAAUAA